AUGCACAAAUGGAUUUGUCCUGAGCCGUUGUGCCCAAAUCCCAGGCAACGAGAACCAGAUGUGGGAGUGGGAUUCUGGCAACACUGGCAGGGUGAAGAACAAAUAUGGCAUUUGCCUGGAUGCACCCAGCCCACAGGUCCUGGGGAGUGGUGUGCACAUGUGGACCUGCGACGAGGCGAUCACCAAUCAGAGAUGGCGCUUCGUCCCGGCCGGCACGGAGAAUUUCACCACGGCCGCGCCUUCCUCUACGAGCACCGCCUCGGGCUCUCCCGGGGAGACGACGAGCACGACAGCAGGGCCGACGACUACUACGACCACGACGCCCGAGCCGUUGUCUGCUUUUCGAAACUGCCAGCUGGAGAGCCACUCGUGGAAGGCUCCGGCUGCAAGCUCCUCGAGGUCGCCGAGGGCACGGAGUAUGAUUUGGGCGAGAAUGGGCAGGAGACAGCCGGCCGCCAUGCUUGCUUGAAGAAGCUUCGGAAUGUGUCGGAGGCAGACACCCUUGUCCACUCUCUCGGCCGGUGUGAACUCUGGCACUGCUCCACCCUCGCCAGAGUUCGCAUGUCCUCUGGACCUGGCGGUGGCCUCUCCGAGUCCCCAUAUGCUGUAACUUUCAAAACUGCCAAUGGCCACUACAUCACAGCAGAGGAAGACGGAGCCAUGAAGGCUGAGGAGGAAACCUUUGUGCCCGAGGCCCUCUUCUUACUCAUGCCGGCGGAAAAUGGCAAGUUCGUCCUGAAAGCACAGAACGACCGGUUCGUGAAAGCAGAGCCGAGUGGCCAUCUCGCGGCGGUAACAGAGGCCUGGGAUGACUGGGAGGAGUUUGAGCUUGUGAAGCAUGACAGCGGCAAGGUCUCGCUGCGCAGCUUUCACAACAAAUACGUAUCAGAAGGGAGCGGUGGAUCUGUAGCCGCGGAUGCGGCAUCUGCCACCAUGUUGGAACUUGCGAACCGCAGCCGACACGAUGGAUUCGAGAACCUGCAGUUUCACAAGACAGUGUCAGAUGAAGUCAGCCACUCAGUGUGCGCUAGGCCUGCCGAGCAAGCCGCGGUCCGAUGCUGCUCCAGCGAUGGUUCGGUGGCCAGUGAAGACCAGUAUGGGUGCCACGACCGGAAGAACUAUUCCGAGGCAGAGGCGAUCUGCAAAGCUCAGAGCCUGGAGCUGUGCACAGAAGUCCAGGCCAAAAGCUGCCCUGGCUGCAGCACAUGUGGCUUUGAGACCAAGCAGGUGUGGACUUCUACAGCCUGCGAAGGCACGGAAGGGCUCACCCAGCGGCGUCUGAGCCAAAGGAACGACCACGCCGCCGUCGUCAGCAGGUUCUGUGGAUAUCAGCCGGGCAAGGGUGGCCUUCAUGGUGAGGAGGUAAGGUCCACCGUCUUCGUGAAAUUGAUGGAGUGGAACUACAACGACAUUGCCAAGGAGUGUGUGGAAUACCUGGCUCCUAAUGGCUUCGACGCUGUCCAAGUGGCACCUGUCACUGAACAUGUACUGGGCUACCAGUGGUGGGUAAAAUAUCAGCCCGUUUCCGCCGGCCUAGACACACGCUCGGGAACGGAAGCGGAAUUCAGGGCGAUGGUGGCCACCUGCCGGUCUGUGGGCGUCCAGGUGAUUGUGGACAUCCUCAUGAACCACAUGGCCUCUCCUUGCAAGGCAGCGCGAAAAUUGAAGAAGAAAGCAAACUGGUCCGAGGAAGAAGACAUGCCUUGUGUCGGCUGGGGUGGCAGCCGCUAUGGCAACCGACUCCAAAAGGGGGCACGAGGAUGGGACGCCGCAAACCCCAAGCAUUUCCAUCACAAGAAGGAGGACCGGUUGCACGUGCUGAACAGCUCUAACUGGCGGCUCGUGUCCAUGUGGAGUUGCGGCCUGACGGCCGAAGCAUGGCAAACUGUGUCAAUUGAUUGCAUGUGUCGCGGCGUCACACCGCGGUAG